ACCCGUUGAAUCGAUUCAAUGGUUCACAUUUGAUUCACAAGAGCUUCCAGAGUUCUCUUGUAUACGCUUUGACUACUCAAGUCUUUUGCAAAUUAAGAAGAAAUCAUGGCCGGAGCUUUGGUCGGUGGGGCAUUUCUAUCUGCGUUCCUCCAGGUGGCGUUUGAUAGAGUGGCUUCUCGCGAGGUCCUAGACUUUCUCAAGGGAAGAAAAGACAUUUGUGGAUUGCUGCGAAAGUUGAAGAUAAAGCUGCUAUCUGCUAACGUGGUUCUUAAUGACGCGGAGGAGAAGCAGAUUACAGACCCAGCUGUGAAAGAGUGGCUGGACGAGCUUCAAGAUGCUGUCUAUGAUGCAGAUGAACUCCUCGAUGAGAUUGCCUAUGAAGGCUUGCGAUGCAAGAUAGAAGCUGACUCACAAUCACAAACCGGCACUAGUCUGGUACAGAACCCUAUCCCUUCUUCUGUUAGUUCAUCUGAAUUUGAAAAGAUACUGGAAAAUUUAGAAUUUAUAAUAGAACAAAUGGGUGUCCUUGGUCUGAAAGAGGUUUCUGGUGGAGUACCAGUACCAUCACCACGAAUAUCAACUUCUUGCCAAGAAAAAAGUGGUGUUUUUGGUAGAGAAAUGGAUAAAGAAGCGAUAUUUAGGUUGUUGCAAUCAAAUGAGGCAAGUAGCGAUGAGAUAUGUGUUGUGCCCAUAGUGGGUAUGGGCGGGAUAGGUAAAACAACACUCGCUCAGUUUGUAUACAACGACAGUAGAGUAGAUCAGAGUUUUGACCUCAAAGCAUGGGUUUGCGUUUCAGUAAAUUUUAAUAGUUUUGAGAUAUUCAAAACUAUUUAUGAGGAGGUCACUUUGUCUCCUUGUAAAUUCAAAAAUUUGACUACGUUGCAAACAGAAAUUAGAAAGGCUUUGAAGGGGAAGAAAUUUUUUCUCGUUUUAGAUGAUGUGUGGAAUGAGAAUUAUAAUAAGUGGGAUGACCUUCUUCAAGUUUUUAAAUGUGAGGCACAAGAGGUUAAGAUCAUUGUUACCACACGGAGUGAAAGAGCUGCAUCAAUUGUACAGACUAUUCCAACUCAUCAUUGUGUAAAGGAAUUGUCAGAUGACAUGUGUUGGGAUUUAUUUGUAAAACAUGCAUUUGGAAAUGGAAAGUCCUAUGCAGACUUUGAGGUGAUUGGUAAACAAAUUGUCAAAAAGUGUGGAGGCCUACCUUUAGCUAUAAAAACAGUUGGAGGUUCAUUACGUUCAAAUAAAAACCCAACUCAUUGGAAAAAGAUUUUGAAGAAUCAUAUAUGGGAUUUACCAGAAGCCAAAACUGAUAUCCUUCCAGCUUUAAGAUUGAGCUAUCACUACCUCCCAUCACAUUUAAAGCGAUGCUUUGCUUAUUGCUCAAUUUUCCCAAAAGAUUAUGAAUUUAAUAAGGAGGAGUUGAUUUUGUUAUGGAUGGCAGAAGGUUUAUUGGAGCAACCCAAAGAAGAUAUGCAUAUGGAUUCUAUGGAAUUUGAAGAAAUAGGUGAAGAAUACUUUAAUGAUCUAGUAUCAAGGUCAUUUUUCCAACAAUCAAAUAAGUCUGAAUCAUGUUUCUUAAUGCAUGAUCUUAUCAAUGACUUGGCAAAAUCCAUAUCUGGGAAAGUUUGUUUUAGUUCACUAGAUGAUGAGUCCAAUGUAAUAACGAAAAAGAUACGUUAUUUUUUAUAUUCUGGAGCUUACUAUAAUGACUAUAAGAAAUUUGAGAUUUGUUAUGAAGCUAAGGGUCUGCGAACCUUCUUGGUAAAAGCAUGUUCAAGCGCUUGGUUUAAUGGAUAUUACAAAACAGAAAAGAUGAUGGAUGACUUGUUGGGUACAUUUAAGUGUUUGCGGGUGUUAUCAUGGUCUGAACGUGUGCACAUAAGGGAGAUAAGGGAGUUGCCUGUUUCUAUUGGUAAUUUGCAACAUCUACGUUAUUUGAAUAUUUAUGGCACUGAUAUCACACACUUGCCUGAUUCAUUAUGUAGAUUGUAUAAUUUGCAAACCUUGAUAUUGUCGUCACGAAUCACCAAUUUGCCGAUCAACAUGGGUAAACUAAUCAACUUGCGCCACCUGGAUAAUUCUCGAAGUCAUAUGAAAGAGAUGCCACCACAAAUGGGUAAAUUAAAAAAACUCAGAAAGUUGCCUGUUUUUGUUGUGGGCGAACAUGGUGGAUCUAGCAUUAGAGAGUUAGGGGAGCUUCAUCAUCUUUCUGGAAAAUUGUCUAUAUUGAACUUGGAAAACGUUCAUUGCACUAUAGAUGAUCCAGAGAUUCCAAAGGUUAUGCUAAAGGAUAAGCAAGAUCUAACUGAGUUGGUGUUGGAAUGGGAUUUUCUUCGCUACAUUGAAGAUUCAAUAAAGGAAAAAAGUUUACUUGAGCAGUUGUGUCCUCAUACAAACUUGAAUUCUCUCACCAUCAAAUAUUAUGGGGGUACAAGCUUUCCAAAUUGGUUAGGAGAUUCUUCAUUCCUGAAUAUGGUAUCCUUAAAGCUUGACAGUUGUAUGUAUUGCUUCGCAUUGCCUCCACUUGGACAGCUACCUACAUUGAAGAAACUCGAAAUUUAUGGUUUGGUACGAGUUGUAGCUGUGGGUCGUGAGUUCUACGGGAAUGGUUAUUCUACGAUUAAGCCGUUCAGAUCCCUUGAGUAUUUAAGCUUUGCCUACAUGCUAGAAUGGAAAGAAUGGGUUACAUUCGAAGAUGAAGUUUUCUCUCGUCUUCAAGAGCUUCACAUAAGUGGUUCUCCCAAGCUAAGCGUUCUACCCAAUUGCCUUCCCUCUUUGACCAAGCUUGAAAUUAGACGUUGUGAGCAGCUUGUUUCACUUCCUAGGGCUCCUGUCCUCCAUGAAAUUGAAUUGCUCUGGAAUUGGAAAAUACAGUUUGCAAGUGGUCAUUACUAUCCAUCACUUGAAUGUAUGACCGUAAGGGGUGUUUGUGAUUCAAUGUCACUAGAGUUUUUCCCUAAGCUCAAAUAUAUCAUAAUAUAUGAUUGUGAAAAUUUCGAAUAUCUCACUAGUUUAGAAAUCAAGAAUUGCCCUAAUUUCAUAUCCUUUCCUAGUGGAGGACUCCGUGCCCCAAAAUUAACAAAGAUGAAGGUUGAAAGUUGCAAUAAGUUACAAUCACUACCUGAAGGGAUGCACACCCUCCUCCCAUCUCUUAUAACUUUGGAACUGUUAGACUGUCCAGAAUUGGAAUCAUUUCCUGAAGGUGGUUUGCCCUCCAAUUUGGUAAAACUUGACAUCUCCAGUUGCAACAAACUCAUUUCCUGUCGCAUGGAGUGGGGAUUGCAAAGUCUCCACUCUCUCAAAGAAUUCUCCAUUGCCCAUAAAUAUGAAGAAGUGGAUUCCUUUCCAGAGGAGGUGUUGCUGCCUCCCUCUCUUACCUAUUUCUCUAUCUUAGAUUUUUCAAAUAUGAAAUCACUCAACGGUAAGGGGUUUCAACACCUCGCCUCUCUUAAAACCUUGAGCAUUGAGCGCUGCCAUAAGCUUGAGUGCUUACCAGAAGAAGGCUUGCCCACCUCUCUUUCUCAAUUACAUAUCUUGGGUUGUCCUUUGUUGAAACAACGCUGUGAAAAAGAGAAAGGGGAAGACUGGCUCAAGAUUGCUCACAUCCCCAACAUAGUAAUGAGCUAUGAGUCAUUGAACACUUCUGCCCAGGGCCUUCUGGAUUGUUUAUGAACUCCUGUCUGAUAUGUUUUCAAGUCACUGUAAAAGCUCGUCCUCCCAUUCUUGCUGGAGCUUCUAUUGCCUAUUAUACAUUCACUACAUUUCUACUAUGGACUUGUGAAGUAGGAAAAAAAAAAAAAGGAUUUUUGCAGCAAUGGAUUAAGCUAAGGUAGGCACUGGUGCAGUUGAAAGCUAGUGCUACUUAUUUACCUUCUAAUAGUAGCUGAAACACUGCUUGUGUGUGGAGAGGACUUGCUAAGACUAUUUCUCUUUGAGAUUUUGAAAUUGGUGGUGGAUGGGAAUUGGAAGUCCUCUCCAGAGGACAGGUUGCUGUAUUUGGGUUUUUCUUCUCUUUCCAACUAGAGAGAACUCAAAAGCUUUAGUACAUGACUGCUCUUGCUGACCUUAACCAGUUGGGGCUGCCACUACUACCAAGAACUAUAAAUUUUAAAUUGUCCUAUGUUGAGACGAUGGUGCCAAAGGCAGCAGGGAGGAAGGGGGUGAAUUGGCCCAAGAUUGCUCAGGUUUUAAGACACAAAAUGAGAAAAAUGUUGAGGCCAAAGCUGGUGUAAGAUUUGAGGUGGUUGCUACCAACAAAAUGAACCUCUUGCAAUCAAAACUUCUGGAGAGCUAAAUUUACAUCCAAUGCAAUGCAAUGAUGUCUGUCCUGCCAGCAUGUUCUGUUUACUUCCAAGUUUGGACUGCCAUAUGUACAUUGAUGUAUUGGGUGGACUAGUAGAGAGGGUCAGAGAAUAAGAGCAAUGGAGAGAAUUGUGCCUUAUAGCUCCAAUUUUAGCUCCUAGAUUUGACAGGAGGCUCCCUUUGGCAAUUUAUAGGAUGUUAAUAAUGAUCAUGGCCUCUAGAUCUUAUCAAUUGCCAUGUUAAUACUCGAAAGAGGAUUGGCUGAAGAUCAGUGCCAUAAUCAGUUUCUGCCUUGAGCUCAAGUACGUGCCAGCCAGAAGAUGGGCUGCCUACCUCCUUUUCUUUACUAAGCAUAGUUGGGUAUUGUCUUUUUUUGAAGGAAAGGUACCAUACUACCAUAUGAAGAAGGGAAAGAAUGGAACAAGACUGCUCAUUACUCCAUAUCAAUGAUGAAGUGAUCAUAUGAGCCAAAAGUAUAGACCAAGUUCUCAUCCGCUGUUUUCUUCAUCACAUGUUCUUAAGAAACCAGCUAGUUGUCAAAUUGAUUUGUUCUCUCUUUUAUUGGAUACUUAAAUUUAAUUGAUGUUACUUUUAAUGAAUCAGAAUGUUUUCCUGCUUGCUUCUUCCCGUACACAGAGGGGUGGUCUGCAAUUCCUCAGGCUUGUUCUUCUAAAUAUGUGCUUCUAUAAAAAAGAUCUCCAUUUCGUUGUCAA